AUGUGCAGAAUAGAAGGAGAAAAGAGUGAAUUUGAAGGCAGAGAGAGGAAGAGAAGGAGGUGGGGAUUGAACGUAAUGGGAUUCAAAGCAGCUGCUUUAGGUGAUAGUCGUGUGGAGAAACUGAAAAGUUCUAUGAUGUCGCGGUCUAGAAUGAAGUUAUGGAUGAUAAGGGCAACAACUUCGAUUUUGUUGUGGACUUGUGUGGUUCAAUUGAUGACUUUAGGGGAGACUUGGGGUCCUAGAGUUUUGAAGGGAUGGCCUUCUUGUUUCUCACAAGAAUCUGCUGCUGCAUUUGCUCUACAAUCGUCGCCGGAGGUCCCUGCCAGAGUUCUUCCACCUAAGAGGGUUUACAAGAAUAAUGGUUACCUUAUGGUUUCAUGCAAUGGAGGGCUGAAUCAAAUGAGGUCUGCGAUAUGUGAUAUGGUUGCCAUAGCAAGAUAUUUGAAUGUGACUCUCAUAGUUCCUGAGCUGGACAAAACCUCGUUUUGGGCUGAUCCAAGUGAAUUUCAAGAUAUUUUUGAUGUUGAUCAUUUUAUAACAUCCUUGAGAGAUGAAGUCCGAAUAUUGAGAGAGCUACCGCCAAGACUGAAGAGGAGAGUGGAGCUAGGAAUGCUUUACACCAUGCCUCCUAUCAGUUGGUCUGAUAUUUCUUACUACCAUAACCAGAUUCUUCCCUUGAUUCAGAAGUACAAAGUUGUUCACCUAAACCGAACUGAUGCUCGGCUAGCUAAUAAUGGUCAACCGAUGGAAUUGCAAAAACUGCGUUGUCGAGUAAAUUUUGAUGCCUUGAAAUUCACCCCUCAAAUAGAAGAGCUGGGUAAAAAGGUCAUUCAACUUCUCAGGCAAAAGGGUCCUUUCAUGGUGCUCCACCUGAGAUACGAAAUGGAUAUGUUAGCUUUCUCUGGCUGUAGUCAGGGAUGUAACAAGGAUGAGAUUGACGAGUUGACAAGAAUGAGAUAUGCUUAUCCAUGGUGGAAGGAGAAAAUCAUAAAUUCAGAUUUGAAAAGGAGAGAUGGUCUCUGUCCUUUGACACCCGAAGAAACUGCUCUGACUUUAAGGGCAUUGGACAUUGAUUCCAGCAUACAAGUUUACAUUGCUGCUGGCGAGAUAUAUGGUGGACGAAGGCGAAUGGCUAGUCUUGCAGCAGCUUACCCCAAUCUGGUGAGGAAGGAGACACUACUAGAACCUUCCGACCUUAUGUUCUUUCAGAAUCACUCUUCUCAAAUGGCUGCAUUGGACUAUCUUGUUUCAUUGGAGAGUGACAUUUUUGUUCCUACGUAUGAUGGAAACAUGGCCAAAGUUGUUGAAGGACAUCGCAGAUAUCUUGGCUACAAGAAAACCAUCUUGUUGGACAGAAAGCUUUUAGUGGAUUUGAUAGACCAACAUACUGCUGGAUCAUUGACAUGGGAUGAGUUCUCUAAUGCAGUUAAGCAUGCUCAUGCUGAACGUAUGGGCAACCCAACCAAGAGGUUGGUUAUUCCAGACCGACCCAAAGAAGAGGAUUAUUUCUAUUCAAACCCAUGGGAGUGUUUAGAAUCAUCUAAUGAGGAUGAAACACUUAGUAGCAGCAUUUAA